AUGCUCCCGGGGCCGGCGGCGGCGGAGAUCCCAAUCGUGGCGGCGGCCGAGGGAGAUCAGAAAAGUGGGUUGAGGACUGUUCUCAUUAUAAACCGCGACAAGUGCGCCUAUUGCCGCUGUCGGGGGCAACACAAGGAGCAAUGCGAGCUCAAUCACGGCUAUCGCGCCAUAGGGUGCAUGGAAAUAGAGGCGCGAGACACCCGCGUCGUGUUGGCUGUGACAGUGGUGGUACCUAGGGGAGGGGGGCCAUCACCGCCGCAGCUAGGAGAACGAGCGUCCCGCCACCGCUAA